AUGAUAUUCUUCACACAUCAAUCUCUCAUCCAACUCUGAGAUCUUGAAGCUCAACACAACUUCUCCAGGAUUCAUUUCUUCACAUCAUCUAAAACAAUGAGACAUCUGAUGGCUUUGAUGUUUCUGGUGAUCUUCUGCUCUCUGCAGCUGACUACAAGUGCUCCAGUUGGCCCUGAUUUGGCCAAAUCAACAUGCUGUUCUGAGUUCAGCAAUGCACAGAUUCCCCUGAAACUGGUGAAGUCGUACUAUAGGACUGAUAGCAGCUGCUUCAAACCAGCCAUUGUGUUUGAGACUGACAAAAGGAAGAUCUGUGUAGAUCCAGAAACCAGCUGGGUGAACCACCACAUCACUAAAGUGGACAAAAGGAUAACAAAGACCCAAAGCAAAAUCUAAAGAAUUAAUUCAUCUGUUUUUUAUAGUGUACAAUAUACUUCACUUGAAA